AUGGCUGCUUUGAUUCAUGAAGAUCAAAUUGCUACUGCAAUCUCCCCUGCUAUGAUGUUUAAGGUCUUCGUCCUUGAAGCCAUUAAGAGUAUUGAGAUUAUUGAAGGAAAUGGAGGUCCUGGAACUAUCAAGAAGACUACCUUCGUUGAAGGAUCAAUUGCCAAGUCCAUAAGCAAAUAUUAUGCCAACGGUGAUGCUAAGAUUGAUCAAGAAAAGAUCAAGGCUGGGGAGCAACAGACGUUGGCACUGUUUAAGGUUAUUGAGACAUACCUAUUGGCAAAUCCUGAUGCCUAUUAA